AUGUCAGAUUUAAAUCGAAUAAUAGAAUUGACUGGAGAUAAAAAAAGCUAUAUUGAUAAAGAAUGCUUGUUAGCCUUGAAAACAUCAACUGUAGGUCCAGAAGAAUCCUAAUCGAUGAUGAUUCUGAAAUUAUCACAAGGAUCAAAUAAAUAAGUCAAUUUCAGAUUAGCAUCUUAGAUGCUUAAGAAGUUGAUUGUUUUAGGUUCAGAUGGCCAUGUAUUUUUAACAUCGGAUCUAAUAUUUUAUAGAGGAAUAAUGAAAUUUUACUUAGGUAACUAUAAAAAAGCUAUGGAUUUAUGGACAAAAUCAUAUGGGUUAAAAUAAUAAAUAAAAGAAUUUAGUCAAUAAUCUAAUAAUUCGUUAAUUUCAUAGUAAGAACAAUAAGAGAGAUUAAUUAGUGAAUUAGAUGAGUUGGAAUUUGAGGAUAGAACAUAUAAUAUGUAUGAAUACUAUUACAAUGUUGCUAUUGCUACAAUAUUAGUAAUAUAUAUAUUUUAUCUAAGAAUAAAUAAAAAAGAAAAGGAAAAGAGUUAUUGAAUUAAUUAGCCGAUCAACUUUAGGAAUCAUUUGAAACUACAAUUCGAGAUUUUCUUGCAGCAUUAGACUCAACUUAAACUAAAAGUGCAACCAUUUUUCCCUAUUCAAAUAGAUUAUGCUGCAUUUUCCCAACUUUAAAAAUUGGGAAUUUAGAAACCAGACUUUCCUUUUGUUUGCCUAGAAUAACUCCUCCAUCUAUGAAUCCAGAAUUUGAUAAUAAAUUAAUUGAAGGAAUUCAAGUAAUUCUAAUUAUUCGAUUACAAUAGUAUAGUCUACAGACGUGGACAACAAACCGGAGGCACCAUGGAUUAGAAGAAAUCCUGAUGGAGUGAUAUUUACAGAAAAUGUACAAUAGGUUGAAUUAGAUUUAAGAAGCGAAAGCUAGAAAUCAUAAAUUGAUCACAAUUAAGAAGAAGAAAAUGAUGAUGACAAUUCAGAAUAGUAAUUUUAUUAAUCCUAUAUCUAGACAUUAAAUUUCCAUUAAUGAUGAUAAAAUCACUAUAGAAUAACGACAUUAGGAUGAUUCAACAACAUAUCAAACUAACUAUAAAAAAGAUAUUGAAUUACUUAAGUAAUAACUGAGACUUGAUAGAAUUGUUGAACAACGAUUAGCAAAAUUAAAAUGA